AGGAAAUCUCUUUUAGUUGAAACCGGAAUCGCGUGCAGAAUGCCAACGAAAACUACGAAUAGCAAUGAAACGAUGUCCAAGAAAAAGUCCAUUUUCGGUUCCUUUUCUGACCGGCGUUCGCGAAGGUCCUUAGUUUAUAACAUACGCGAAGCCGAAAGUUUAUCGAGUGAUUCUGGCUCAAUUGACCCCAUCGAAGAGAAAUUAGAUAAACUCAGUGACGAUCUGCAUAGUUUACAGAAUACACUACGAGCCGUGGCGCAUCGGGUAAAAGAUUUGGAACAGGUUAUUUCGGAGAAGCAAGUUACCGCGCAAAAUGUCCAGGAAGGAACCUCACCCCCACCUCAGCAGGUGGCGGCAGAGGCUCAAAUGCAAGAAGAGAAGAGAACAAAAGAGGCCAGUCUAAGAAAACGCAAACCCACUAAGCAUGACAUCAACCCUAAUCUCAUUGCAGAUAAGACAAAAGCGUCGCCGCCUCCGCCACCAGCACCGCGAUCAUCUACAACUCCCACAAAGCAGAAGCGAAAAAAAUACGACCUGGAUAGUGUUAUGAAGCAUGAACUAUAUCGAACUGUUCCAAAACUCAUUAUUGAUUGCUGCAAUCUUAUCGAGGAUCAUGCAACGAUCGCGCCGUUCGAUCGGGUCUACUCACUUUCAGCAGACUGGGAUGAGAUACGCGUCGUAUUGAAGACUUACGUAGAAGAGAACAGCAAUUACAGAAAAUGUCUAGAUAAUGUGAAGAGCAUGCACACCUUAGCCAAUAUCGUGAAAGUAUUUCUCCAAGAACUCAAAUAUCCCGUGAUAUCGAUAUCAGAGGUACAAGCAUUUCUGGGAACAAACAUGACUAGAUGGGAUAUUGCUUCCAAUGGGGAAAAAGUUGAUGCCAUGCAGAAACUUAUGAAAUCGUUACCGGAAUGUAACAGGGACACAAUGAAAUAUUUCAUAAGACAUUUGAGAAGACUAUGUCGUGAUUAUCCAAAACAAGUUCGUUCGCAAGAAUUGGCCAUUUCUAUUGCACCGUGUCUGUUUCAAAUGUUCAGACAAAAACCGAAAACUAGCCAAGAAAAUUUGCGCGAUGAUUAUCUGAUAACAUAUCUGCAAUAUAUGAUUGACCAUUGUGAUUCAAUUUUCAAAGUUAAUCAAAGAACGAAAUUUCGAAAGACACUGGAGCGAUGUAUUUCAUGUCCUGGAUUAUUUAAUUUGUGAUAAAAUAUUUUAUUGAAGUAUAGGAUAAUAUAUAAUGUAAACAAGUAGAAGGAAUUUUCCAAGCGUUUUUGGCCAUUGAGAAGCAACUGCAGCUAUAAUAGACCAACACACGAAUAUAGAGGCAGAGUUACAUUUUUCAUUCAAAUAAUCGUCAUACAUGACAGUAGUUGUUUAAUAUAUAAAUCAGACCUUAAACGAAGUAUCAUAUAGGACUGUGUACCACAGGUGCUUACUCUGAAACAGAAAGAAGCAGAAAUAUCGGGUGCACCUGUGGAAUACAACCACCUGAUACCUUCAAAAAGUGAGUUUCUCAAAAGAGUUAGCCUCUUUGCAAGACAGUUCAGUCAUUUCAGCUAUUCAAUACAAUAUUCCAAGUCACAAAAACGCUUCAUUGUUUCAUAUUAACCUGUAUUUAUGUAUAUCGAUAACAUACUUUAUUAUUACUUGUGUCUUAUAGAGUAAUUAUCAUUAUUUUUAUAAUUAUAUUCCAUUUGUUUCCAAUUGAUUUAAAUAAUUUUUAAAAGUCGUCGCCGUUGCAGACCAAUUUGUGGAUAUGCUCAGCAAGUUUCAUUACCAAUUUUCUAUGUAUGUUUCCUGAAUGUAUUUAAUGUAACGUAAUGUAUAUAAAAACAAUGAAAUAAAUUUUAUCAAAAGAAAAACAAAAAGU